AUGCAAAGACAUAAUACGAGUGGUAAAGUUGGAGGUCUUUUAGCAGCAUGGGAAAAAAGAACUGAAGAAUCAACUUCAUCAACUAGUCAAAGUUUUAGAAAAUCAUCAUCAACAAAUAUGAAUCAACAACAACAACAUUCAAUUAAAUUAUGUAUUGUUGGUAAUUCUACAUCAGGUAAAACAUCACUUGCUUUAUCUUUUAAAGAAGAUGAUAGAGAUUUACCACAUACUACUUUAGAUGAAUUUAAUUUAAAAACAAUGUAUCAAGGUAAAGAAUUAACAUUAACAAUAUGUGAUAGUAAAGGAAGUGAUGAUUAUGAUAGAUAUCGUACCAAAUUAACAUAUCCUAAUACUAAUGUAUUUAUAAUAUGUUAUUCAAUUGUUAGUAAACAACAAUAUGAAAGUGUAAAAUUGAAAUGGAUACCUGAAAUUAGAAUGUUAUGUCCAAAUGCAUUAAUUAUUCUAUGUGCAACAAAGACUGAUUUACGUGACGAUCACAGAUAUAUUUCAUCAGGUUUAUUAAUUGAUAGAGUUCAAGUUAAAAAAUUAAUGGAUUUAUAUAAUCAUGAUCAACAAUAUCCAAUCAUGUUUUAUAAUGAAUGUUCUAUUUAUGAUCAAAAUGUUGGUGUUAAAGAUAUUUUAGAUAGAGCUAUACAAUUAUCUUUACAUAGACAAUUAAAUAAUAUUAUUAAUAAUAAUAAUUUAAAUCAUUUAGAUAAUAAUAAUAAUACUAAUAUUAAUAGUAAUAGUAAUAAUAAUAAUGAUAAAAAGAAAAAGUAA